CCGGCAUUACCCGGUCUCCCUCCGGUUUCCUCAAACCCUAUGCUCCUCUUCCCUCCUUCCCCUCAAACCCACACAGAUUAACAAUCCCAAACCAUUUUUUCCCCCUUCCUUUUCUUUUUUUUUUCUUCCUCUCCUUCUUUUAAAGAGGGAGAGAUUAAAAAAAAAAAAAAAAAAAAAAAAAGUUGCAGAGAAAGAAAAUCUUUAUUUUUGUGCAGAACACACACCAACACUUGUGAAAGAAAAGAAAAGAAAAGAAAAAACAGUUUUUGAUGGCUGAGGGUAUUGAAUCCUACGACCAUGUCCCUCAACAGAGCCGCCGCGACAAGCUCCGGGAGCUUCCCGACCACCACCACCGUUCCAAUUUCCUCCCUUUUUACGACCCUUCUUCUUCCGAUUCCUCUAAUCGCUUCCAAUUUCACCACCACCCUUUUUUCGACCCCCAAUUCCAAUCCCCUCUUCUACCCGAAAUCCAUUCUUUCCCAGCUGAGCCUCUUUCCCUUUCCCUUUCCCCUCACCCCUUUCUCGCUUCCCCUAUUCCCGCUCCUCUCCCUCUCGGCCCUUUCACCGGCUACGCUUCCAUUUUGAAAGGCUCCAGGUUCCUCAAGCCCGCCCAUCACUUGCUACAGGACCUCUGUGAUUCUGUCCAUUCCUCUUCUUCUUCUUCUGCUUUCCUCCACGAUCCUUCCUCUGAUUCCUUCACCGAUUCCCCAAUUCUCGACCAUCAUCACCCCCUUCCUUCUGAUUCUUCUGCCCCUCCUCAUAAAUCCACCCUUCUUUCCAUGCUUGAUGAGGUUUACAGGAAAUAUAAGCAGUACUAUCAACAAAUCCAGGAAGUAAUGACAUCGUUCGAGUACAUCUCCGGGCUCGGGAAUGCGGCGCCGUAUGCCAACCAGGCUAUAAAAGCCAUGUACAAGCAUUUCAAGUGCUUGAAAAAUGCUAUUCUAGACCAACUUCAAUUCAAUAAAAAGACUCAUGGUGACUACAAUCAAAGAUCCGUUCAGAACCCGGGAUUUCUUGACCAUCAGCCUGUUUGGCGACCACAGCGAGGGCUUCCUGAACGAGCAGUAACUGUUCUUCGUGCUUGGUUGUUUGAACAUUUUUUGCAUCCUUAUCCUUCUGAUACAGACAAGCUUAUGUUAGCAAAACAGACUGGUCUGUCUCGUAGUCAGGUAUCUAACUGGUUCAUUAAUGCAAGAGUGAGGCUUUGGAAACCAAUGGUUGAAGAAAUAUACAUGCUGGAAACCAAGCAGCAACAAACACAGAAGAAUUUACAUAGAGAAGAUCGAAACGCCAACAGGACGAACGAUCAUCAUCAUCCAUCGAACUCAUUGGCAAUGGAUAACCCCUCUACAUCCACUCAACAAAUUCAAGAUACUCCUCCCAAACGCACCUGGAACGAACCUCAUGAUGUGCCAAUGGGAAAUCACAAUGAACCCUUGAACGUAUCUUACAACUUGUCAACCCAUCCCCAUGUAGCCACAAACACAAACAUGGCGGGCAACAACGGUGGAGUUUCCUUAACUCUUGGUCUUCACCAGAACAAUGUCAUAGGUGGCUUUUCCGAACCCUUCCCUGUAGGGUUCCCUGUAGCAGCCACUCGACGUUUUGGCCUCGGAAUCCUAGGCAACAACGAUGGGUACGUAAUGGGUGGACAUUUUAGUAGAGAUGUUCUUGGAGGUCAGAUGUUACAUGACUUUGUAGGGUGAAAUCAAUGUGGUGUUUUGGAAGUUAAUAUGAUAGGAAAACAAGAGGUUCCAUAUUAUUUGGUACUGAUGUUGUAUUAUAUACCAUAUAAAAUGUGGGGUUUAGAUGAGUACUACAUGAAGAAGAGCAUAAGCAAAAAUUCAAAACCUGUAAAUGGCUUACCUCCAAAAUCGUACCAGAAAAAGAGAGCAAAAACAAAAGGAGAAUUGAAAUGUGAAAAAUGCCAUUAUUUGCCCUUGUGUAACAAUUUGGAAUGGAAUGAGAGGAGAAAAGAAAAGAAUAGAAAAGAAAGGAAAAGAAAAGAAAAGGAAAGGGUUGUGAAGUACUGUAGGUGGUGAGUUCCUUUGCUUCUUAUUGGAUCAAAUAUAUUUUUAUAAGAAUAAUGGUUGUUAGAAAUUCAACCCUAAUUUGCUGUUUGGGUUUCUAUGUAUUUAUGAUUGGGAUUUGAAAGUUUCAUAUUUAUGGUUUCUCGUGCACUUAAAACUA